CACCUCGUUUUGGGGGUUUCCAGGCAGAAGCCAAAUUAGCAUAGAUGUUAGCAUGUUAGCGUCUCUCCAAAGCGCAAUAGAGCUCACUGUGCAAGAUGGGUCCUGAAAGAGCUGAAAAGAAUGAAACGUCAAGGAAUGCGCCGUUGGCUAACACAACGAGAGACAACCCGUCAUUGGUUGACUUUGCCCAUCAUGACCUGCAAGAUGUGUGGGGGUGGGUGUUCAUCAUGAUGGGAUUGGAUGCAGCUGGGCCCGGUAGCAUCUCAGGAAAGUCCUGGUCAAGUCUUGGAUGGUGGCAUGCGCUUUGAGUCAUGGACGAAUCGGCGCUGGAGCGUUACUUCGAUGACUCCAUUGCAAAUGACUCGGGCUUCCUGAACGGGGAUGAUGCGGACCUCCCGAGCACGCCGAAGCCAAGCGGCGAGCUGGCCGACGACCUGGACCUCAGCUUUCUGCCUGACGAGUUGAGCGGCAACGCGUGCGAUGCGGAAGGGAGUGGCAGCGGCGGGGGCGUGGCCCUGGCAUCCCACCAUGAAGCUGAAGACCGACCAUCUUCAUCCUCCUCGCAAACGGCCAACGAUAGCGCCGUCUUCUGCCCCAUGACCCCCAUGACGCCCAUGACCCCCAUGACCCCCAUGACGGAGAGGUCAGGGAUCGUCCCGCAGCUGCAGAACAUUGUCUCCACGGUAAACCUGGGUUGUCCUCUGGACCUCAAGUUCAUCGCCCUUCAAGCCAGAAAUGCCGAGUACAACCCCAAGCGCUUCGCCGCCGUCAUCAUGAGGAUCCGCGAGCCCAGAACCACGGCGCUGAUCUUCAGUUCUGGGAAGAUGGUCUGCACCGGGGCCAAGAGCGAGGAGCAGUCCCGACUGGCGGCCAGGAAGUACGCCCGCGUGGUGCAAAAGUUGGGCUUCCCCGCUCGCUUCUUGGACUUCAAGAUCCAGAACAUGGUGGCCAGCUGCGACGUCUGCUUCCCCAUCCGGCUGGAGGGCCUGGUCCUGACCCACCAGCAGUUCAGCAGUUACGAGCCCGAGUUGUUUCCGGGCCUGAUCUACCGGAUGGUGAAACCUCGGAUCGUUCUGCUCAUCUUCGUGUCGGGCAAAGUCGUCCUGACUGGUGCCAAAGAGCGCGGCGAAAUCUACGAAGCAUUCGAGAACAUCUACCCCAUCUUGAGAGGCUUCCGAAAGCAGUGACGUCUCUUCUGGCUCAUUUGUAAAUAUUUGAUGGCACUUUGUUUUAGACGUUCACCAUCAGAACACAAAAGUAGAAAAA